AUGCCGAGAGCCUGCGCGAAUACGAGGCGGGCUGUGGCUCGAGAGGAUGGACUUCAGUGGGACGAGCCAUCAAAGAUGGAAUUGAAGCACAAGCUGGGUGAUGCGCUGAUUAAGCGCUAUGAGCCCAUCUUCAGGCAGCUGCAACAGCACCAGCAGACUUUGUCAGCCGAGCAGCAACGAAUCGCUACCUUUGCAGAGAAGGCAGCAGCCGCCAAGAGCCUUUACAACAAGUCACUGGCGGAGUUGGAUCGCAUUAAUGUCUCAGUGCACGAGGCGCGCCGGCAGUCCAAGGAAAAAGCAGUCGUGGCAGAGGGCGAG